CCUCGCGCAACACAUGCAUCCAUCCGUCAAUUGUCAGUCCUCCAGUGCCGCCUCGCCCCCCUCCCCCGGCUGCCUUUCGCCGCCCUCGUCAUCCACAAGCCGCAGGACGUCCAGCUGCAGAAUGUCAGAGGGGCUGUCGAGCAGCGACCGGACGCUGGGGUGCGUGCGGCCCAGGUCGCCGUGCACCAGCUCCUUGACAUACGUCCCCGCCUGCGUGCACACCCUCAGGGCAAAGAAAUGACCGUUGAUGUACUCCGCCUCCAUCCAAUGAAUCGCCUUGGGCCUGACGGUCACACACCACUCACACCUAUGGAUGCAUGUGGGUGUGGGUGUGGGUGUGGAUGGGCUGGGUGCCCACCUGACGGCGGCCGAUCGUCUGUGGAGCACUCUGAGUGGCGUCUUCUGCUGCACGGUCAGCGGGGCGGCGUCGCGCAACCUCUGCAGUGAUGUCGGCGUGAUGGCUUUCUCCGUCCACACGACACAGGCAUACACCUUCUGCUUCUCCUCUGACGCACGCUGCAUGUGCUGCAUUGCAUUGCCCGCACCAGCCACACACACACACACACACACCCCUCCAGACAGACAGACAGGUGGAAGGCGCCUUCCUCCCCCCCAGUCGCGCAGCGCACCAUCAUGAGCCGCUUGUCCGCCCGACGCAUCUCCCGCACCUGCACCAGCCCUGAGACCACCUCACUGGGUCCCCCGUCAGCGGUCACAUCCGCCGUCGCAUCCCCACUCGCAGCCAUGGCAUCUUUGUCUUCACCCGUGUCGUCGCCAUUAUCAUCCCCAUCAUCAUCUUCCUGCAGACUCCCCCCGCACCGCUGGACCGCCACUUGAUGCGCGUUGAUGGCGGCCUCCAGGCUGGAGAGGGUGAUGUCGGCUGGCGGGUAGGUCCGGCGGGGGUUCAGCAGCUCCACGAUGAAGGGGCGGCCGUUGCCCAACAUGCGGACGUCGACGUCCUCCCUCCCGGAUGCGUGGAACUUGAAUGUCUUUGCGCGGAAGGCUUCCUGCAGGGGAAGGCCGAUCACCUCCUCGACGGACGAAGCCGUCUGCACACACACAGACACACACGCACACACACGUGUUCGGUCCGUGUUUAGGUCCCUCUGUGUGUGUGUGUGUGUGUGUGUGUUACCUACCCACCUUCUUUUGCCCUUCGACGAACCAUGCUGUCUGGCUCAGCCUGCGCGUCAGCUUGAGAUAGCGACCUGUGAUGAAGAUCGAGUCCCUCUCCAUGUCGAUGGCAGCCAGCUCCGCCCCAUCAGUCACACGCGCCAGCAGCGUCCGCCACACCUCAACCCCCCUACCCGGCCCGCCGUCAGUGCUCUCCUGCUGCAGGCCCAGGAACUCCAGCAACUCAGAUGCACUCCGGUGACCCAGCUCCUGAUGGAUGGACAAGAGCACAGCACACAAAGAGGGAGGGGACAGUCCGUUCUGGUCCACUUGUGCGUGUGCGUGUCGGUGUGUCCGUUGUGGAUUUGCCUUCUGCAGAGUGGCCAGGGAAACCCCUUUGAUGACGGCUUUCCUCUUCCUCCCCCGCCCCCGACCGCCGCCAGACGAUGGCCGGUCCUUCCUGCCCACAGCGGUUGACCUGAAGUGGUCUUUCAACUCAUCCUCAGCACCGGAGUGUCCAAACGUCACUGAAACCCUCAGAGCGCUCUCACCCUCGCCACCUGCUGAUAAGGUGAACCCAUCACGAGGCAUGCACGACCCCUCGUCUGCAUCAUUCCGGAAGGCUCCUUUCCAGCAGCUGGUUGCCGUGGUCUCGACAAUCCACCGGACGGCCUCCUUGAGGUCGACUACACGUCUUGCCUCCCAGUGUCUGCUCUCGAGAAAGGUCUUGACGACAUACUGGCGGAAAAGCGCGUUGGGCGGCAGUGUGAGCAGCAGGGAUGCCUCAUGGACGUCCUCGUAGCGCUCCCGGCGUAUGGCGGACAAGAGAGCCCGCUGGAAAGCGGCACUUGCGUCGAGGUGCAUCAAGCCGAAGCAGAGACCGCAGUAGCCUCCGGAUGCCGUCGCAUCGUCAGGGCACACGCACAGAGGCAGCUGGAGGUCCUCGUCAUCGUCAUGGUGCGGUGGUUGCAGCGGUGUGAUGAGUCUACAGGCCGCUGUGUCCCUCCUGCCUUCGAGGCGCAUGAGGCAUCGGUUGCAGAAGGACUCGCUCAGGCCGCCCAGUGCGGUCACGACCGAUGAAGGUGCCGAGGAGUCGCCUUCCGCCAUCGAUUGUCGAGGCCAUCCAGUGAUUGCAGCGAUGGGGAGAUCUUUCUUCCAGUUUCAGCAGGGCGUUACGCUGCGGUGAGAAGAUUUCUUCCAGACGUUCUGCUGGCCACGGUU